UUGCCCUCAAAAUGAUGAUCAUUACGGCGAUUUUAAAACAUAUGAUCUAAAAAAACGAUUUUAUAAACCUGUUCCUUGUAAAACUGUUACUUGUACUCUUACAAAAACCGAAUGUGUUACUCCUACAUGUGAUAUAACAACUAUCACCGAAACAAUAACUGUCACUACAACUACUGCUAUUUGCUCACCCACACCUACUCCUAAUCUUAAUUGUCCUCAAAAUGAUAUAAAAAAACGGUCUCAUAAAAAACAUAAACCUGUUCCUUGUCCAACUGUUAGUUGUACUCUUACACAAACUAUAUGUGUUACUCCAACGCCUACAUGUGUACCCUUGGGCGCACUAUGUAAUAAUAGUCAACCGGAUUUAUGCUGUGCUGGGGUGUGUUCUGCGUUCCCUCCUAAUCACCCUGUUCCUGGAACUCAAUGCUGUUAUCCUCAAGGUCAACCGAGUUCUAUUUUUACACCAGGAGUAUGCUGUUCAGGUGGCUGUGGUGGAAUCUCGCCUACAUGUUUACCUUAUCCAGGAACGGUUGAUGCAUAUCAC